UUUUCUGCAACGAUGGAUGUGAAGCGAACCGACACCGGGUUCCUGGCGAUAGCAACAGAGGUGGAGAAUGACGGAGAGAAAGCCUCGGAACCUCCAGAAAAAAUCAAGGACUUACUGAAAGAGUUCCAAGACAUUCUUCUCGACGACCUCCCGGACGAACUACCGCCAUACCGAACGCACCAACACGAGAUCGUGGAGGAACCAGGUUCGAAACCGACCUUCCGAGCACCAUAUCGGCUAAGCCCUACAGAACUAGCCGACAUGAAGAAGCAGAUCGAGUAUCUCCUCGCCGAAGGACUCAUCCGACCAUCCACUUUGCCAUACGGUGCCCCAGUACUCUUCACACCGAAACCGGAUGGAAGCCUGCGCAUGUGCAUCGACUACCGAGCUCUCAACAAGCAGACCAUCAAGAACAAAUAUCCGAUACCACGAAUCGAUGACCUGCUUGACCAGCUCCAGGGAGCUACGGUAUUUUCAAAACUAGAUCUGCGGUCCGGAUACUGGCAAAUAAGAAUGGCGGACGAUUCUGUUCACAAGACUGCCUUCCAAACUCGGUACGGAUCGUACGAGUAUUUGGUCAUGCCGUUCGGACUCACCAACGCACUUGCAACUUUCCAAGCAGAGAUGAAUCAUAUCCUACGCCCACUAUUGGACGAAUGCGUGGUGGUAUACCUGGACGAAAUCCUCAUCUACUCGCGCGACAUGCAACAACAUGUCGAGCACCUACGACGCGUCUUCGAAAUUCUUCGACGAGAACACUUCUACGUCAAACUAUCCAAGAGCGACUUCGCCCUCGAGAAGGUCCAAUUCCUCGGACAUAUCGUAAGCGCUCAAGGAGUUCAUGUCGACCCCAAGAAAAUCGAAGCCGUGCGUACGUGGAAGACACCUGAGAACGUGAGCAGUUCCUUGGCUUUGCCAACUACUACAACAGACCCCGAACGCGACUACUGGGACAACGACAUCGCAUACCGGAAAGGAUCAAUGAAGAUCUGGGUACCUAAUUACCCUCCAUUGCGCCAGUUACUACUAGAAGAAUACCACGACAUCCUGUACGCUCGACACUUCGGUAGCAACAAGACGCUCACCGGUAUCGCCAAACACUACUACUGGCCCCACAUGGCAGAUGACGUACAGAAAUUUGUCACCUCGUGCACUACAUGUCAACGGAUGAAGAGCAGCAAGCAGAAAAAGGCGGUUCUGCUACAGCCUCUUCCUAUCCCAGAACAGCCAUGGCAAGUGGUAAGGCUAGACUUCAUCACCGGGCUACCAACUAUCACGAGCGGACAUGACGCGAUCCUCGUCGUCAUUGACAAGUUCUCCAAAAUGGGACACUUCAUCCCGACGCACACCACAGCACGCACCGAGGAGACGGCACAACUCUUUGUUCGCUACAUCAUCUCACAACAUGGCAUUCCAACCACACUCAUCUCCGACCGAGACCCUAAGUUCACCAGUAAAUUCAGGAAAGAACUGAUGUCUCUGCUCGGGACCAAGCUCGCCAUGUCAUCCGCCUACCAUCCGCAGACAGAUGAACAGACCGAGCGCCUCAACCAAAUUGUGGAGCAACUCCUCCGCGCAGCCUGCAAGGACGAUAUCUCCAAAUGGGACUUGCAUCUGCCAGUCCUGGAGUUUGCCUACAACAAUGCUACUCACACCGCUACUGGACAGACGUCGUUCUUCCUCUGUUACGGACGCCACCCACUCACACCUCAACAGCCAACCAUACCAGCCACAGUCCAACCCGCUCAUGAUUUCAUCACGACCAUGCACAAACUUUGGGAUCGGACCCACAAGCGCCUUCUCGGCAUUCAACAUCAACAAAAGUACCAAGCCGAUCGCCAUUGCACAGACCACACCAUCACCGUAGGAGACCGAGUACUACUCGACACAUGCAAUCUUGACAUCAGCCAUCUCCCAUCCACACUGCGACCUCGCUUCUGCGGGCCUUUUCUUGUUGAAGCACAGGUCACUCCUGUUACCUUCAGCAUUCGCCUGCCAGCUACCUGGAAGAUUUACAACGCCUUCCAUGUCCAACUCUUGAAGCCCUAUCGAGAUCCCAACACGGUCUUCUCUGGCCGCCAACCGCCGCCGCCGCCGCCCGUCCUCGUCCACGACGAACCCGAGUACGAGGUCGAUCCCUGAGGGUGACCCAGACACCCUCG